GGUGGAGCUCGAGGUGCGGUGGUAAGACUUGAGAUUAAAAAUUAAGGCGCUGGAUAUUGUCCCCAAACGAAGAUGGCACGAUUGGUACGGAAUGAGCAAGGGAAACAGCUGGGAUUUCUGUUGACCCAACCUGAUGAAGUGCUGAUUGAGUUUUGCAAAUUUGCCAUCGAGUACAUCGGGGCCGGAAUCAACGAGAAGAAAUGCACUGUCGCGGCCAAGAAACUUGGCACCACAUACGAGAUCGUUCGAAACGCCCUCGAAGCCCUAGUUGCCUUGCUGAUCGACAGUACGAAGCUGGCUGUCUCGGAGCGAGAAUUUACGACCAGCCUACAAUCCCUCGAUGGUAUCAACGAAAAACAGAUUGAAAUUUUGUGGCAGUUUGUGAUUAGCAAGCGGAAUCUGGUCGAUAACAUAAUGCGCGCGUCCUGUCAGGAUGAGCUGUAUUUCCGCGACCUAGAGUGGCGCAUCGAGGGACGAAUAGCAUCCCGUGCUCGGCCUACGCAGGCUACACCGGUUAUAAAAAUGAAGUUCCACCUGGAUACCGAGUGCGUCAGCGAGUAUCGUGAAAAACUUUCUUCCACACCGUUGCAGGAGACGGAAGAGCAUACAAAUGAACACACUGCAUCGGUUACUCGUAGGCAGGUGCUGGCUGAAACGGAUCCGGUUAUGCUACAGUACAUGAUACAGGUGUUAGAGAAGGCACUUGUCGAGGCCCGGACACGUCGUGUGCGAAACUAUGUGAAACCAUCACAAGGCUAAAGAAAAAUUUCAUUUUUAUCUCUUAAAACAGUA